AUGUCUAGUUACAAGUGGAGGGAUCUUUUAGAUUUAAACUCCAAGGACAAAGCUUAUCUCUCACCGCUAUCAUGUAUCGCUCAUAUUGACAUCAAUGCUUUUUUCGCUCAAGUCGAGCAAAUCAGAUGCCACUACAGCGUUGAUGAGCCUGUUGUUUGCGUUCAAUGGAAUUCAAUAAUCGCAGUAUCCUAUGCGGCGAGGAAAUAUGGUAUAACACGAAUGGAUUCAGUCUUUGAUGCGUUCAAAAAAUGCGACCAUCUCAUUCCAGUACACACGGCGGUCUUCCGCAAAGGUGAAGACUUUUGGCAAUACCGCGACGACUGCGGCUCUUGGCAUACUGAAGAGGACAAGAAGUUGACGCCAGAGAAAUUCAAGGUGUCAUUAGACCCGUACAGAAGGGAAAGUCGAAAAGUGAUAAACAUAUUUAAUGAGUGGUGCGAUAUGGUAGAGAAGGGAAGUGUUGACGAGGUCUUUUUGGAUCUCGGGCGCAAUGUAUUUGAGUGUUUAUUCUUUGACGAUAAAGUCGAGGGUUUUGGAGCGAUGAGAGACCUGUUCAAAAAUGGAGGGUAUGAUUUGGAUGAUUUUCUACCACAGGUCCCGGGGAAGGUAUCAAUUUAUUUCGAAGGAAAUGACUACAAUCCAAGUAGUGAACAUGCUUAUCAAGACUGGGAUGAUAUUCUAUUUUGUUUGGGAUCGAUUAUUUGCAAUAAGAUUCGAUCUCAAAUCUCAAAGGUUUUGGGAUAUACAACAUCAUGCGGUAUUGCCCGAACCAAGACCAUGGCCAAGUUAGCUUCUAACUUCAAGAAGCCUGAUGCACAAACCAUUAUCAGAAAUAAUAACAUCUGUGCUUUUCUGGACAACGAGAGUUUAGAAUUAACAUCCUUUUGGAGCAUGGGCGGUAUAAUCGGCAAAGGACUAACGCAGCUAUUAGAACUGCCGAACGAGAAACCGCUAAAAUAUAUCAGGGACUCUUGGCCAGUUUCAAGUGAUGAGUUGAGGGCCUAUCUGAAGGAGAAGACACAACAGAUUACUGACGACAAAGAUCUGUUUUAUAGGCCAGCAGACGAUCAGUUGCAGCAGAUGAGCGAAAAAGUAUUCCAACUAGCUCGCGGGGAAUUCAGAACUCCUCUAAGCCCCAAGCCCAUGGUGCGCUCCAUGAUGUCGAAUAAAAAUCUGCGAGGAAAUUCGUGCCAGCAUUACCAGGACUGUCUAGCCUGGUUGGAGGUUUUCAGUGGUGAGUUAAUUGGGAGAAUAAAGGAGUUGGAGGAGGAAUACGAAAAGAUAGUUAUACCCAAGACCUUGACAAUAUCAGUUCGAACAACAAAAUUUCAAAGGCACAGUAGGGGUGGUAGCCUAGUAGUAAGCGGCCACGUUCGAGCCAAAGAUCUAAUGGAACGUGGAACAAGAUUAAUCAAGCAGCUGGAUUGCAAACAUGGAAACUCUGAGGGAUUUUACCCUCUGACUAAUAUAAACAUGAUGAUAUCUAACUUCGAAAUUGUGGAGACAGGCAAAACAAUCGUUGACAUGUUCGGACAAAGAACUCAGGUUAUUCGCAGAAGUGGGGAUGACUUCAUCAAAGCAGGCGAUCAGGGCUUGCUUGUACCAAUAGAAGAAACUAAAGUAAGGCUUCGAUGCGAUCCUUGCAAUAUGAACUUCGAGGGCCCGAGCGAGUUCAAAGAGCACGAAGAUUUCCACUUUGCUAUGAAAUUAUCGGAAAGUCUGAAUGGUGCUACAGAAAAUUCAACUAAUCUUUCCUAUGGUGAGCGUCGGCUAUUGUUUUCUAAUUCGAAACGGGUCUCUGGAAAAUCAUCGCAAAAGAUAGGCAAAAGUGCGAAGAAGUCAGAUAUAUAUAAAUAUUUUAACAAGUAG